UAAACGCUGCAGGUUAAUGUUUCAUGUCGGAACAUUUCUUGGUCCGGACGGCCACACCGGAAGUACUCGCCACGUGGCCUAGUAAGAAAGAAGAGGAGAAAUUUGCAUCUUUUUGACUUUUCCUGCACGAAUAUUCUUGCAACAACUUGUCUCGGACAAAUAACAAAAAUGACGGACAGGUACAACAUCCACAGCCAGCUGGAGCACCUGCAGUCCAAGUACAUCGGCACAGGCCACGCAGACACCAGCAAGUGGGAGUGGCUGGUGAACCAGCACCGGGACUCUUACUGCUCCUACAUGGGACACUUUGACCUGCUCAACUACUUCUCUGUGGCCGAGAACGAGAGCAAGGCUCGUGUCCGCUUCAACCUCAUGGAGAAGAUGCUGCAGCCCUGCGGACCUCCUCUGGACAAGCCUGACGACUCCUGAACAUUCCAUACCUGCUUGCUUUAAUCACUGCACACCUGGGGCAUUCUCCACCUGCUUAGGGUGAAAACCAUCAUCUUGCUCAUUAAAACACCUUUUUCUACCUAACUAAA